AUGCGUCGAGCCGCAGUUCAAGCCGUUCACUUAGGCCGCCUCGCCGCCUCCGUCGCACCUGCUGGUCCCGCACCAUCUGGCUUGAUUCCCGCUUGCCUGUCCACGUCAGCCGCGAGCAGAUCGCCAUGGAUCGCGCGAUCCCCGAUGGCCAAUCAGAGUGUGCCAGCUGGCUCCGCUGCUGCUGCAAGAUUAUUCAGCGCAGAGAGCAGUGUAGAUAGCGUCUCGGCGGGUCAGCAGCUGAUCGCGUCGCUAUUGGUCGAGCGGCUCCCUGUCGUCAUCCCGAAGCCUCCCGAAUGGGCUCUUAAAUACGAGACGUUUAGUUUUGAGCGAAAACAGCAAUACCGCAAGCAGUAUCCUAAAGAAUUUCUAGACGCGGCCGCUUCGACCAAUGCAGGUGUGCCUCGUGUCGGUUCCGUGACUCGUUUCCUCCCAACGGCAGAUGUUCUGGCCCCUCUCCCCUCGUUUCACCAUCCGUCCAUCUCCCGCUUUCUCCAUUCAGUCUCGUGCCGUCGUCUCACCAUUCUUCCCCCAGACAUCCUUCGUGUUGAGUCGUUCUCAAAACACGCCAUAUUCCAUUGCCACUGUCUUCCCGCCCCCUUCACCCCUAACCCACUCCCGUCUCCGUUCCCCACCCUUCCCCCGCCUCCCUCCCCCGCGCACACCCCCCUCUCCCCCGCGCGCACAACCCCCUCCUCUCCGCGCACACGCCCCUCCGCCGCGCGCGCAGCAGGCGCGGAGGGGGAGGCGGAGGAGGAGGACGAGUACUGGGCGGGAGUCCUCGAGGCGCCGUUUGACGCGCCGUCUAGACGAACCGCUGCUGACGAGGCCAAUGACGUCAGGUCCCUGCAACGCGCACUGGACAAGCGCCUGUACCUGCUGCUCAAGGGGCCCUCGCUUGCCGGCCAAUCAGGCAGCGACACGUGGCACUUCCCGGAGAAGCUUUAUGAAGGCGAGGACUCCAUGCGUCAGUGUGCGGAGCGGGCAGCAGCUGCAUCCCUCGGUUCCUCCCUUGACCUCUACUUUGUCGGCAAUGCUCCUUGCGCGCAUGCUCCCAUGGCUGAUGCCACUGCGUUUUUCUUCCGAGCGCAUGUCCUAGGAGGUGAUUUUCAACCAGCUCCCCGGACAAUAAAAGAUUUCGCGUGGGUCAGCAAGGCGGAGAUCCCAGACUAUGUGGACCUCUCAGCCAUCCCUGAUGGGCCAAAGCUCUUCCAAACACUGCUCAUGGAUGAAUGA